CCGGCCUGCUUCCCAAAGUCAUAGGGAGCUGGGCUGACCGCAAGGGGGUGACACAGCCGCACCUUCAGGUUCCAGAAGACAUUUCCCCAACAGGCUGCUGUAUCUGACCACACUCUCUAAGACUGAAAGUCAAUGUGCUGGCAUGUUUAUUUUAGAUGUGAGAAGCCAGUUUGGACAGCCUCAAGGACACUACACAGGAGGAAGAAAUGCUAGUCAUGGACAAGUGUUCCAGUAUGGACUUAUGAAAAAGUCGUGCUUCAGAACCUUGUUACAAAAUAUAAAAACGUCCUAUUUUUCUGCCUUCAGUGUAGUAACAGCGCAACACCAUUAAGAACAUCUUACGACUGACCACUCAGGUCUUCAAUGUGUGCCCUUAAUUUUUAAAAAAAGAAUGGUGAUGUAUGUAUGUGUGCACCUAAGUGUGUGCAUGUCGAGCACAUGCAUGAAGUAGGUGCUUUGAGAUGGCCAGAAGAGGGCAUGGGAUCCCCUGGAAGUGGAGUUGUAGGAGGUUGUGAGCCACCUGAUGUGAGUGCUAGAGACUGAACCCUCGUCCUCUGCCAGAGCCAUCCCUGCAGCCCCUAAACGUGAUUUCUCUCCAUUAUCUGAACUAAAAGAUGGUUGUUGGUGAGUAUGUACUCACACAGAAACUCCUGGCCAAUUGAGCUGCCCUCCUCCCCACUUCUACCCUCUCCCCCAAUCCUCUUCCACAGAGCCUCGGGGCUGCAAGCGGCCCCGCCCCGCCCCCUGGUUGGCUGCUGGGUGGGAGGCUCGUUCCUUCGCUCCCAUUGGCCGCUCAGGGAGGUGCGUCUCGCGUCUCGGGAUUGGUCACUUGGAGGAGGCGUCUCUCCCAGCUGGGCGGCUGGUGGCUAUUUCCGGAGUAAGAUGGCUGCAACGCGUGUACUGGGGACCUGGAGCCGGAAUGCUGUCAGACUGACUUGUGUUCGCUAUUUCCAAACAUGUAAUAAUGUACAUGUUUUAAAGCCAAAAUGUGUGUGUUCCUUCGGUUAUUCUUUGCUCAAAUACAGUCAACCACAUCUCUCCCUGAGAACAGCAGCUGUGCUACAGGGACAGGUUGUUCAGUUCAAACUCUCUGACAUUGGAGAAGGGAUUCGAGAAGUAACUAUUAAAGAAUGGUUUGUAAAAGAAGGAGAUACCGUGUCUCAGUUUGACAGCAUCUGUGAAGUUCAAAGUGACAAGGCCUCUGUCACCAUCACCAGCCGUUACGAUGGUGUCAUUAAGAGGCUCUAUUACAAUCUAGACGAUAUCGCUUAUGUGGGGAAGCCACUGAUAGACAUCGAAACAGAAGCUUUAAAGGGUAAGUGUGUCUUGCUGCAUUUGUCAUUGCUGUCCUUUUGUUGUUCACUAAAAUGUGUUAUAUUUUAGAUUAAGCUGAGUGAAGUUGUUGGCUCUGGAAAAGAUGGCAGAAUACUUAAAGAAGAUAUUCUCAACUUUUUGGAAAGGCAAACAGGAGCAAUAUUGCCUCCCUCACCAAAAGCUGAAAUAACACCACCUCCACCACAACCCAAAGACAGAACCUUUCCCACGCCAAUAUCAAAGCCUCCAGUAUUCACAGGCAAAGACAGGACAGAGCCCAUAACAGGUUUCCAAAAAGCAAUGGUCAAGACCAUGUCUGCAGCCCUGAAGAUUCCCCACUUCGGCUAUUGUGACGAGGUGAACCUUACUGAACUGGUUAAGCUUCGGGAAGAAUUGAAACCUGUUGCUUUGGCUCGAGGAAUCAAACUCUCCUUCAUGCCCUUCUUCUUAAAGGCUGCUUCUUUGGGAUUGCUCCAGUUUCCAAUCCUCAAUGCCUCUGUGGAUGAAAACUGCCAGAACAUCACCUACAAGGCUUCUCACAACAUUGGGAUAGCAAUGGAUACUGAGCUGGGGUUAAUUGUCCCCAACGUGAAGAAUGUUCAGGUUCGCUCUGUGUUUGAGAUCGCCAUGGAACUGAACCGCCUCCAGAAACUGGGUUCUUCUGGUCAGCUCAGUACCACCGAUCUUACUGGAGGGACAUUUACUCUUUCCAACAUUGGAUCAAUUGGUGGAACCUAUGCCAAGCCAGUGAUAUUGCCACCUGAAGUGGCCAUCGGGGCCUUGGGAGCAAUUACGGCCCUUCCCCGAUUUGACCAGAAAGGAGACGUUUUUAAAGCACAGAUAAUGAAUGUGAGCUGGUCAGCCGAUCACAGGGUCAUUGACGGAGCCACAAUGUCACGCUUCUCUAACCUGUGGAAAUCCUACCUGGAAAACCCAGCAUUUAUGCUGCUCGAUCUGAAAUAAUGUUAAAAAAGGCAUCCUUGAACCUUUUGCGUUUCCAAAGAGUGCGUGAGGCCUGGCUGUGCCAGCACGUGUUCUUGUUACACUUGCGUUAGAAAUGAUUGAGUUCCCGCUUGAGGUCUAAAGCACAGUAUUUACCACUGGCAUGGUAGGCUCUUGGCUGAAAAUGAACGAUGGUGUGAUGAUUGCCCUGGGGUAUCACACUGUGUAGGUCACAGGGUGACUUCUCAAUAUGGUGCUGAGAUCGUGUUAGUUGAAACAGGCAACAACAACAAAAAAAUUGUUACUAAAAGGCAAGAGCCAAUAUACACGUGGUAUUUGCCAUCUUCCUUUUUUUAAUUUUUUAACUAACUUUUUUAGUGAAACUUUUAAAUUCUAUUUCAUUGGGGAAAGGAAUUUAUAUACCAAUGUUUUCCAUUUCCCUAUAAUCAUGGUAACUGUUCCACAAAAUAAGUGCAAUUCUGCUUAUCUUUGUAGAUGAUAAGGUGUAUACUCUUGCCUUAUGUGUUAAGUAUUAUCUAUAAAUGUAUUAUAGCUGAAACUAGCAUUAUUUAAAGGGGAAAUUAUAAUCUGGUCUUAACUAUAGUUUCACAAUCAGUAAGGCUGUUACAGGUAAAUGUUUUAAAUGGAUAGACUUCUAGAGCUGUGGUUAUGCUUUGGCAAUUUGCUGGGAAAUACUUGACUUUUCAAACUCACUUUGUGACAUAAAAUAUCAUAGAUACAGCAGCUGUUGGCUUUUUUUUAUGCUUAGAGAUCUGUUGCCUUUUAAUUUUAUUGAUCUUCAGCUAAACAUAAGAAAGGGACUUGGAAUCUGUUCUGUUCUCCUGGCCCUCAGCAGGAGUGAGAAAAAGAGGGUCAAACAAGAAACUGUGGACAUAAAAUUAGUUUAUACAGAAACGCUACUAGUGACAUCUUGAUAAAGAUCCACUUUAGUCAGAUAGCAUCAGGAUUAAUCUAAUUCAAGGUUGGGCUAAUUCCCAGCACUCGAGAAGCAGAGACAAGUGAAUCUCUGAAUUUGAGACCUGCCUGGUCUACAUGGUGAAUUUCUGGAUAGCCAGAUGCAUAAAGAGACCCUGAGAAAGAAAGAAAGAAAGAAAGAAAGAAAGAAAGAAAGAAAGAAAGAAAGAAAGAAAGAAAGAAAGAGGAGAGAAUCAAAUUCAACAUUUUGAAGUCUAGGUUUUUUUGUUUGUUUUUUUCUAAUAUUAUCUAAUUGAAUAUAUCAUGACAAAAAUACUUGUUUAAUUGAAGUUUUGUGACAGGAGGGAAAAAAAGUCAUUUUAAUGCAUCCUUGAUUUUUUCCAAAAAUUUAAAUAUUUUAUAAAUUAAGUAAAUGCUGUUUAUUUGGAAAGUCACACCAUUAUUUUUACAUAAAGAAAAUUAACAAAAGAAAACCAAUGCAGAGCCAGGCUUUGUAAUCCCCACAGUUGGGAAGCUAAGGCAGGAGAAUCCUGAACUCAAGGCCAUGCUAGGCUACAUAGUGAGACUCUGCUGAAGAAAAGGAAACACUUCAGAUAAAACGGAGAGUAACAAACUAUUACCUAUUAUCUUAGCACUGUUAACCUUAUAAUGUAUGCCUCUGUAUACAUAGCUAUUCUUUUAUAAAAAUGAGAUCAUAAUGUAUCUACUAUUUUAUAAUUUGAUUUUUAAAAAUGUAUCAUCAUUAUAGACACCUUUAUGUGUCAAUAAACAGUUCUACAUUACUGUA